AUGGAUCAAUCACGAACCUCCUCACAAACACAGAUUAAUUACGGCCACACACGGCCACCACCAUCAGUCUACCCUAAUCCCCACUCUGGACACGGCUAUGACCCUAAUCGCAUUCAAAACCCGUAUACGUCGGAUAACCACUUGCAGUAUGGUUCUCCAUUUCCAUACAAUGACUAUUACAACCGUAACCCACCAAAUUCACCACCAAAUAGACAACCGCCGCUAAAUAAUUACAAUCACCCACCAAAUUCACCGCCAAAUAAUUAUAAUCAUCCACCACCACCAAACAGACAACCGCCGAAUAAUUAUGGUUACCCACCGAAUUCACCACCAAAUAAACACUUGCCAAAUAAUUAUAAUGACGACCGGAACCCACCAAACUCACCAAAUGGUUAUAAUCACGGCCAAGGUUCUCCAUCCAAUAAUCCAGGAUCAAGUUCUCUAGCAUUAAAUGGGGAAUUUUCCAAUUCUCCCCAAACAGAUCGUGGAAAUAAUUCCAUGUCAGAUUCUACGCCUACAUCCAACUCAAUGCGCGCAAGACAUCUUCGUCAAAUGGAAGAGUUCAGAAAUUCUGGUAAUCCUGUAUUGGUUUUAAUGGGUUCUCUAGGUAGAGAUAAUCACCCGGAGGUUGCUAAGAAGGCUUGGCUAACCGUAGCCAUAAUAGUGGGUUGCAUUCUUGCUAUCAUAGGAGUUAGAAUUUUGCUUGGAAGUAGAGCACAAGAUCGAUCUUGUAGCAACGAUUGUCGUAAUAGUGAAGCGUAUUAUGACUGCAGAGAUGCAUGUAUUCGCAAUAAUACAAAGAUUGGUGCUAUAAUCGCGGGCGUUGGAGGCUUCAUAAUUUUAGUCGCCGGGUUUACAUUGAAGAGAGUGACACGCAAAGACAAUAAUAAUAAUACUACUGAUGAAACUGCACAAUCAUCAUAG